UUAAAUACUUUUUAAGUUAAAAAACGAAAGAUCCGCGUCUCGUGACGUCACUUUGCAGGGGUCAAAGUUCGUGUUGGUAGCUGCGGCUAACUCAUGGCUGAAUUAGAUAUUGGAAAGCAUUGUAAGAUCGAUUCCUGCCACCAGAAAGAUUUCCUUCCCUUUGUCUGUGACUCUUGCAGUGGUGUUUUCUGCCUUGAGCACAGAAGCAGAGAGGCCCAUUCGUGUUCAGUGGAGCCAGUGAAAAGGGAAACUCAGACUGUGGGUGGCAGCACAAGUUAUCCGUGCUCAUUUGAAGACUGCAAGGGAAAAGAAUUGUUGCCUGUAAUUUGUCCACAGUGUGAAAAACAUUUCUGUUUGGCCCAUCGUCAUCAAGAUGAUCACAAGUGUGAGAAGUUGGAGGUCCAAAAGCCUCGAAUGGCAGCAACCAAAGAGCUGGUGCAAAAGAUUGUGGAGUCAAAGGAUGGAUCCAAAAGUAAAGGACGCAGAGGAGCAAAGAACAGUGCAACUGCAGCCAAGGUAGCGUUAAUGAAACUGAAGCUGCACGCUGCAGGAGACAAGGGACUGCCACAGACAGAAAGAACCUAUUUCCAAGUGUAUCUUCCUAAAGAAUCAAAAAACACCAGCCAGCCCAUGUUCUUCUGUUCCAAAUGGAGUGUGGGAAAAGUGGUGGAUUAUGCAGCCUCCCUAGCUAGCCUCAAGAACAACAAUAAUGUGCUGACAGCUAAGAAGCUGCGGUUGUGCCACCCUCAGACAGGUGAGGCUUUCCGUAUGGAUGACACCCUGCUCUCGCUGCUGGCUCACCCAGACACUCCCCUGUACAAUGGGGGUAAUGUGAUCCUGGAGUACCUGGACAAUGAGAGCACAGGCCUGAACGAUGUUUCUGACUAUGUCACAGUGACCUGACUAAUCAACAGCAGCCUUUGCACCGAUGAUUUCUGUAUGCAAGAUGUAUUUCUGUCAAUAAAAUAUGCUGUAUCAUGAAA